UGUACUGUCUAUCUGGCACCAGAAGGGGGGGAGAGUUAACUCUGACCACAGAAUUCCAUGUAUCUUGCACUACACAUGGUGAAUGUGGCAGACCUCUGCUGUUAAAAUUCUAAGCUCAUUGCAACUGAAGAUGAUGACUUGCAUAUCCCUCUGAUUCUGACCUUCAUCCCUCUAGAUCGGGAUAAAGAAAAGGAAGACCCCCAGUUAAUCAUACAUGUGCACAACAAACACCCUCUGUGUGGGUGCCUACACAGAUUAUUGUAAAACAUUUGAGUUAAAUUAAUCUGAAAUCCAUCCAAUUAGUUCUAAAUACUGUGGGAACAUCUUUCUCUGACGUGUAAAACAUUUGAUACAAGCUAGAAAGAUAUUGCAUAAUGAAGUACAUUACUUUCCUGUUUUUUCUCUUGAUUUAGGUAUGUUUGUGGGUUCAGGUUAGCAAAUGUGGUUCUGGUCUUAAUUACGCUGAGAAAUUCCUGAAGGAGGAGUAUUGGGGCGGUGGGUUAAAAGUACAUGGAAAAGUGAAUGGUCUGGGUACAAAGGGAUUCUUGUUUCAGAGACCUCUGAUUGGUUUGGGGGGAGGUUCUCAAACUCCCGGCGCUCUGCCUGGGAAUCUAACAGUGUCUAUAAAGGCUGCUGAUCACUCCACAGUUCAGACUGAUUUCCUACACACUGUCAAUAGGAAAAUGGUUAGUCGAAUUGAGCAUCCGGCUGGUGGCUACAAGAAAAUCUUUGAGACAUGUGAAGAGUUGAAUGAGCCUAUUCCUGCUGUGGUUGUAGGUGUGAUCCCAGAAUGGCUGAGCGGCAGUCUGUUGCGUCUUGGACCCGGCCUGUUUGAGGUGGGGGCUGAGCCUUUCUACCACCUCUUUGAUGGCCAGGCCCUCAUGCACAAGUUUGACCUAAAGAACGGCCAUGUGACCUACUAUCGGAAAUUUGUCAAAACAGAUGCCUAUGUGCGAGCCAUGACAGAGAAAAGAGUGGUCAUCACAGAGUUUGGAACAGCAGCCUACCCAGAUCCUUGCAAAAAUAUAUUCUCAAGGUUUUUCACCUACUUCAAAGGGAUUGAGGUGACAGAUAAUUGCUUAGUGAACGUGUACCCUGUUGGUGAGGAUUUCUAUGCCUGCACAGAAACCAACUACAUCACCAAAGUCGACCCAGACACACUGGAGACUCUGAAAAGGGUGGACCUGUGUGACUACCUCUCGGUCAAUGGAGUGACCGCUCAUCCACACAUUGAAAGUGAUGGAACGGUGUACAACAUUGGGAACUGUUUUGGGAAGAAUAUGUCACUGGCCUACAACAUUGUCAAAAUUCCUCCCACACCAAAAGAUAAGUCAGACCCCAUUGCAAAGUCCAAGGUUCUUGUGCAGCUCCCCAGCAGUGAGAGAUUCAAGCCCUCCUAUGUUCACAGCUUUGGAAUGACAGAAAACUACUUUGUCUUCGUUGAGACUCCAGUGAAGAUAAACCUUCUAAAAUUCUUGACCGCUUGGAGCAUCUGGGGCACAAAUUACAUGGAUUGCUUUGAGUCAAACGAAACCAUGGGUACAUGGUUCCAUCUGGCUACAAAGGACCCAGCUGAAUACAUAGAGCAUAAAUUCAGGACUUCUGCCUUCAAUCUCUUCCAUCACAUCAACAGCUAUGAGGACGAUGGCUUCAUUGUUGUUGACCUGUGUACUUGGAAAGGCCAUGAGUUUGUCUACAACUACCUAUAUCUGGCCAACCUGAGGGAGAACUGGGAGGAAGUGAAGAAAGCUGCUAUGAGGGCACCUCAGCCAGAGGUCCGGCGAUACGUUCUGCCCAUGGACGUCCACAAGGAGGAACAGGGGAAGAAUCUGAUAUCCCUUCCGUACACCACAGCCACUGCAGUGAUGCGCAGCGAUGGAACCAUCUGGCUGGAGCCUGAGGUUCUGUUUUCUGGACCACGACAAGCUUUCGAGUUCCCUCAGAUCAACUACAGUAAGUUCUCUGGGAAGAACUACAGCUAUGCCUAUGGACUGGGCCUGAACCACUUCAUCCCUGACAGGAUCUGCAAACUGAACGUGAAGACUAAGGAUACGUGGGUGUGGCAGGAGCCAGACUCUUACCCCUCAGAGCCCAUCUUUGUGCAGACCCCAGAUUCUGUGGAGGAAGAUGACGGGGUGUUGUUGAGCAUCGUGGUGAACCCUGGAGCAGACCAGAGACCAGGGUAUCUCCUCAUCCUCAAUGCCAGAGACCUGACAGAGAUCGCACGGGCUGAGGUGGAGGUCAUCAUCCCUGUCACCUUCCAUGGAAUGUACAAGCCUUAGGACUACGUUCUCAAACACAUCUACAAUACCACUCCACAGGAGAAAGGGACAAUAAUAAUACUAAAACCUUUGUUGGGAAUGUUAAAAAAAUAUAUAGAUAUAUAUCACUGAUGUAACCUGUUCGUGGCUUAGUUUCGAAAUCAAUGUUGUGAUAUACACUGUACAAAAGUAUGUGGACAGCCCUUCAAAUUUGUGGAUUCGGCUAUUUCAGUCACAUCCGUUGCUGAAAGGUAUAUAAAAUCGCACACACGGCCAUGCAAUCUCCAAAGACAAACAUUGGCAGAAUGGCCUUACUGUAGAGCUGAGUGACUUUCAAUGGGGCAUCCUACCAUCAUAGGAUGCCACCUUUCCAACAAGUCAGUCAAACAUCUGCCCUGUUAUGAGCUGCCCCGGUGAACUGCUGUUAUUGUGAAGUGGAAAUGUCUAGGAGCAACAACGGCUCAGCCGUGAAGUGGUAGGUUACACAAGUUCACAGAAUGGGACCGCGUAAAAAUCACCUGUUGCAACAUUCACUACUGAGUUCCAAACAUCCUCUGGAAGCAACGUCAGCACAAGAACUGCAUUCUCUGGAGUGAUGAAUCACUCCUCCCCAUCUGGCAGUCCGAUGGACGAAUCUGGGUUUGGAGGAUGCCAGGAGAACUCUGUACCUGCCCCAAUGCAUAGUUUGGUGGAGGAGGAAUAAUGGUCGGUGGCUAUUUUUCAUGGUUUGGGCUAGUUCCCCUUAGUUACAGUGAAGGGAAAUCUUAACGUUACAGCAUAAAAUUACAUUCUAGAUGAUUCCGUGCUUCCAACUUUGUGACAACAGUUUGGGGAAGGGCCUUUCCCGUUUCAGUAUAACACCCCUGUGCACAAAGCGAGGUCCAUGCAGAAAUGGUUUGUCAAGAUCGGUGUGGAAGAACUUGCCUGGCCUGCACAGAGCCCUGACCUCAACCCCAUUGAAGACCUUUGGGAUGAAUUGGAACGUUGACUGCAAACCAGGCCUAAUUGCCCAAUAUCAGUGCCAGACCAUACUAAUGCUCUUGUGGCUUAAUUGAAGCAAGUCCCCAACAUCUAGUGUGAAUACCUUCCCAGAAGACUGGAGGCUGAUAUAGCAGCAUGGUGGUGACCAACUCCAUAUGUUCCACAAGCAGGUCUCCACAUACUUUUGGUCAAGUGUUGUAUCUGUCAUAAACUCAGACCUAAAGGCCUAGUGCUCAUUAGCUUUAAUGGAACCAUGUACGAUGGCUUCAAAGUAUUCACACCCCUUGACUUUUCACACAUUUUGUUAUAGAUUAAAUUGAAUUGUUAUAUCGAAAUGUUAACCCCGAAUGUGUCACAAGUUGCAUGUACUCAUCCUGUGUGCAAUAGUGCAACAUUUGUAAGGUUUCUCAGUCGAGCACUUGAAUUUCAAACACAAUCAAAACACCAGGAAGGUUUUCCAAGGGCACCUAUUGGUAGAUGGGUAAAACAAAAGCAGACAUUGAAUAUCCUUUUUGAGCAUGGUAAAGUUAUUAAUUACACUUUGGAUGGUGUAUCAAUACAACCAGUCAUACAAAGAUACAAGUGUCCUUCCUAACUCAGUUGCCGUAGAGGAAGGAAACUGCUCAGGAUUUCAGCAUAAGGCCAAUGGCAACUUUAAAACCGAGUUUAAAGGCUGUGAUAGAACUCAUGGACAAACAUUAACCUAAAUGAGUGAAAAGGAAGCCUGGGCAGAAUCAAAUUAAUCCAAAACAUGGAUCCUGUUUGCAACAAAGUAAAACUGCAAAAGAUGUGGCAAAGAAAUUAACUUAAUCCUGAAUACAGUGUUGUGUUUGGGUCAAAUCCAACAUUAGUAACACUCCAUAUUUUCAAGCAUGGUGCUGGUUGCAUCUUAUGUUUUUUUUUUUUUAGAGAGAAACCUGGUUGUCUGCUUUCCAAGAGACAUGGAGACAAAUUCACCUUUCAGCAGGACAAUAACCUAAAACAAGGCCAAAUAAACACGAGUUGCUAACCAAGAUGACAUUGAAUGUUCCUGAGUGACCUAAUUACAGUUUUGCCUUAAAUCUUUGGCAAGACUAGAUAAUGGCUGUCUAGCAAUGAUUAACAGAAUUUGAAUAUUUAAAAUGUGCAAAUAUUGUAUAAUCUAGGAGAGCAAAACUCUUGAUGUAUACAGAAAGACUCAGCUGUAAUCGUUGCCCAAAUUUGUUCAAACAUGUAUUGACUCGGGAGUGCAUACUUAUGUUAAUGGGAUUUCUGUAUUUUAUUUUUAAAUACAUUUGACAUAAACAUGUUUUCCCUUGAGUAUUGUGUGUAGAUGGGUAUUUAAUACAUUUUGAAUUCAGGCUGUAACAAAAUGUGUAAAUAAGUCAAGGGGUAUGAAGGCACUAUGUAAGAAUUAACACACAACAAUUGUUUUUCCUUCUAUGUUUCAAGUUGUAUUUACACAUUCUUUUAUUCAAUGCCAUUACAAAUCUCCAAUGUGUUUUCUGUGAUCAGCACUUCAUUGUUAAGGUAAUUAGGGCCUUAAGGCAUUUUGUCAGAUUCAAGACCUUUUUCUAAAAGACAAUUGUAAAAAAAAUUUUUUUACAUUCGGAGUAAUGGAGUCCUUAUUUUCUCUUUGGAGAGUUGGUAUUCCUGUUGUUUGAUGAUUUUCAGACAAUCACUCAAAACCUAAUGAGAAAGAAAAUGUAAUGGUCAUGUGUAAACUGAUAACGAUUCACAGAUAAAAGGACUUGCAACA